AUGAGGAGUAUUCGAGAGUUUGAACAUGAGUUGCGUGAACUCUCACAGAGCAUUUCGACAUUUAGGGAGGAAAAUUUACCGAGUCAGGUGGGAAAGCUUAUACAGAUGGAUAAAAAUCUCACUACAGAAAAGUUGAAUGUUCGAAAAAGUCAGGAAUUGGGUGCUGAGAUCGAAAAGCUCCGAACGGAGAAUAAUCAGUUGAGCCAAGUGAGCACUCGGUUUUUAAAAGAGUUGAUCGCUUGUCGAUCCGAGCUAAGGCAGCUCCCGAAAUUACCGGCAGAUCGUCAAUCAUCAAGAGAUUCACGACUUAAAGAAAUUGGUGUUCAGGAGCUACUUGACUACUCCAUGAAACUUGCGAAAUUUUCAAAAGCUCCAACUACCGCCAGCGGUCAAUUGCCUCACCCCAAUAACUUCAUUUGGCCCGCCGAAGAUGCAUUGCGCCGUGGAAUGCUUGCUUUGGCAUCACUUAAAUCAGAGGAGAUUAUCAAGGCAGAGCUUGGCGAGCCAGAACAAAAGGUCGUUGAAGAUGAUGAGGAUGUUGAGAUGGAAGACGUGGAGGAUAUGGACGCGCCGAAAGCACCGAAAGAGCCUGGUGCACCUUCUACAAGAGGAACAGCUACGGCAGGGACAGCAACAGAGCCAGCAAAGGCUUCACAUGCGCUUGAUUUGGAUCUCUUUGAUGGUGAUGACUCGGAGGAUGAUUCAGAAUAG